GGGAACAGUGGACGCUGCCUUUAAAGCGUAAGACCGGGCUCCUCCGCUGUGGAUGAUAGCGUGGUUAUUUUAAGUUUUUCUCCCACUCCCCUUCUCCCUAUACUUCCCGCGUAAUUUACCACUACCACUGAGUGAAUAGAUGAAUUUAUACCAAAGGAAUUGCCGGACCUGACGUGGGAAUAGGCUUUGGAAACUUUGGCUUCUCAUGAGGGGAGUAUCGCGGAUGUUGCUCGAGCACGUAACAGGGAGCUAACCGGUUCUCUCUCGCGCUCUCCCAUAUUCAAAACGACCAGAGAGAAUCAGACUCACCAUCAACAAAGGAUAAACUUCAUUAACUUUUUUGGAAAGGGGAAAACUAUUGCAGAUUAAAUUGUUGCCUUUGCUUAUAUUGACAUUGUAUGUUUUAACUUGCUCCGAUGCAGGUGCAGUGAGAAUUUGAACUGCCUAUGAUUGAACUCUGCUCUGCAAUCUGAAAAAUAUUUUUUCAAAGGAACACAGAUAGGUUCAAGCUGUUUUCUUGCAAUUCGUAAUAGGUAGAAAUAGGUUUGCCACCUUGCAAUACAGACUGAAACCCACGACUGUCAGUGAGUGUAUGCUACAAUUUUGUUCAAACAUAAAAAGCGGUGUAUUUUUAUCCACAGGGGAAACGUUUAAAAUGAAAAAUACGUUGCUGGAUGACUGCGUUAUUGCAUAAGCCUACCGAUAAUUGCAUUUUUGGGCUUAUAUAUUUGUUGGCAUUCUUUACGUCAUAUGUGUGACGGCAAAGCUUUAAAUUGACCCGCUUCACGUAUCGUUCCUUCUGAGCAGUUGGCGCUUGUUGGAUAGCUUGUUCUCGCUCGAGCGCCCGGAGAUUGCCCGGUUUCAGCGGCAACAGCGUUCACGGAGAGAGGACAGUAACAGCAUCCACACCGGCACACAGAGAACUCUGGGAAGACUUGGUCAGCACCACAGCAGAGCAACAUGUAUCCAGUGUGCCUGACACACGCUGCGCAUUUAGUCCGGCUGGGGACAAUGGUUGGGGAUUCGCCUGGAUUGAGGUGGCGUGCCACAUGGAUUUUAUUGUUUUCUCUGUUUAUCCACUACACAACAGCUCAAGAUGACGUGCCGCCCUACUUUAAGACGGAGCCGGUGCGGAGCCAGUUGCACCUGGAGCGUAACAGGCUGGUGUUGACGUGUAUGGCAGAGGGGAGCUGGCCCCUGGAGUUCAAAUGGAUCCACAAUGGCACUGAGCUCACACGUUUCUCACAGGAGUACAGGUACUUGAUUCCCUCCCUGGACCGUUCCCAUGCUGGCUUUUACCAAUGUAUCAUCAGAAACCGUGUUGGAGCCUUACUGCAGAGGAGGACUGAAGUGCAGGUUGCAUUUAUGGGCGGUUUUGAGGAGGGUGAGCGUGCCCAGUCGGUCUCUCAGGGAGAGGGGGCAGUGGUUCCCGCUCCACGCAUCAGGAGCUUUCCCCAGCCGCAGGUCACAUGGUUCAGAGACGGACGCAAGAUACCGCCCAGCAGCCGCAUAGCCAUUACUCUGGACAACACUCUGGUCAUCCUGUCCACGGUGGCCCCUGAUGCUGGACGUUACUACGUACAGGCUGUCAACGACAAGAACGGCGAAAACAAGACCAGCCAACCCAUAACCCUUUCUGUCGACAAUGUUGGUGGGCCUGCAGACCCCAUUGCCCCCACCAUAAUCAUCCCCCCAACAAACACCAGUGUAGUGUCAGGCACGUCUGAAGUCACCAUGGAGUGUGUCGCGAACGCAAGACCACUGAUCAAACUCAGCAUCACAUGGAGGAAGAACAGGGUUCUGGUCACCAGUGGUCUGAGUGACUUCAACCGCAGACUGACCAUUAUCGGCCCUGUGGUCAGUGACUCAGGGUUUUAUGAGUGUGAGGUGGUCCUCCGCAGCAGCAGUGUGCCUUCUGUCAAUGCUGGGGCCUACCUACAUGUUCAAGAGCCUCCCCAGUUUGUGAAGGAACCAGAGAAACACAUUACUGCUGAGAUGGAGAAAGUGGUGGAUAUCCCCUGUCAGGCACGAGGUGUGCCUCAACCAGACAUUGUGUGGUAUAAGGAUGCGGUGCCCAUCAGCCCAGUGAAAACCCCCAGGUAUAGGGUGUUAGUGGGGGGCAGUUUGCAGGUCAACGGCCUUCUUCCUGAUGACACAGGGAUGUUCCAAUGCUUUGCACGGAACCUGGCAGGAGAGGUGCAGACCAACACCUACCUGGCUGUCACUAGCAUCGCCCCUAACAUCACAGCUGGACCAUCUGACAGCACAGUGAUUGACGGCAUGUCAGUCAUUCUCCACUGUGAAACAUCAGGAGCACCAAGACCAGCUAUCACCUGGCAGAAAGGUGAGCGUGUUCUGGCCAGUGGUUCUGUUCAGCUGCCCAGGUUCACCUUGCUGGAGUCAGGCAGUCUGCUCAUCUCCCCAUCUCACAUAUCAGACGCUGGCACCUACACCUGCAUGGCCAGCAACUCCCGGGGCAUAGACGAGGCUGCUGCUGACCUUGUGGUGUGGGCUCGCACCCGUAUCAACACCCCCCCUCAGGACCAGAGUGUCAUCAAAGGCACCAAGGCCACUGUGACCUGUGGAGUUACACACGACCCCAGUGUCACGGUCAGGUAUGUGUGGGAGAAGGAGGGCUUGGUCAUCAACGCCCAGUCUAUCCCUCGUAUCCGGCUGGACCCGGAUGGUACCCUCCACAUCUCCCAGACCUGGUCAGGUGACAUCGGGACCUACACCUGUAGGGUUAUGUCAGUAGGAGGCAAUGACUCACGCAGCGCACACCUCCGAGUCAGACAGCUGCCCUAUGCUCCAGAGAACCCUGCGGCCCUGCUAAGUUCCUCAGAAAAGAGGGCCAUUAACCUGACCUGGGCCAAGCCCUUCGACGGGAACAGCCCCCUGCUUCGCUACAUCCUGGAGGUCUCUGAGAACAACGCUCCCUGGGCUAUCCUCCUGGCCAACAUAGAGCCUGAGUCGACAGCAGUGACCGUCAGUGGACUCAUCCCAGCACGCUCCUACCAGUUCCGCCUGUGUGCCGUCAACGACGUGGGCAAGGGCCAGUUCAGCAAGGAGACUGACCGUGUAUCUCUACCAGAGGAACCUCCCAGUGCCCCUCCCCAGAAUGUGAUCGCCAGCGGCCGCACCAACCAGUCCAUCAUGAUCCAGUGGCAGCCCCCACCAGAGAGCCACCAGAACGGGGUUCUCAGGGGCUACAGCGUCCGGUAUCAUCUAACAGGUCUUCCGGUGGACUACCAGAGUAAGAACAUCUCCAAACCAGACGUUACCAACAUUCUCCUGGAGGACCUGAUCAUCUGGACCAACUAUGAGAUAGAGGUGGCAGCCUACAACAGGGCGGGGCUAGGAACCUUCAGCCACAAGGUCACUGAGUGGACGCUGCAGGGAGUGCCGACUAUAGCCCCCAGUAAAGUUCAGGUGGAGGCCGUCAAUUCCACGACCAUCCGUAUCACCUGGGCCGCCCCUAACCCUCAGUUUAUCAACGGGAUCAACCAGGGAUACAAGCUGUUGGCAUGGGAGCCAGGUCAGGAAGAGGAGGUCACCAUGGUUACAGUGAGACCUAACUUCCAGGACAGUGUGCAUGUGGGCUACGUGACGGGGCUGAAGAAGUUCACAGAGUACUACAGCUCUGUGCUGUGUUUCACUACGCCGGGAGACGGCCCCCGCAGCCCCGCUAACAGCCUGAGGACACAUGAAGACACUCCUGGGGCGGUCGGUGACCUGAGCUUCACAGAGAUCCUCGACACGUCUCUGAAAGUGAGCUGGAGAGAACCUGAAGAGAAGAACGGAGUCCUCACAGGGUACCGUAUCUCAUGGGAGGAGUUUAACCGCACCAACACACGGGUGACCCACUACCUCCCCAACGUGACCCUGGAGUACCGUGUCACGGGGCUGACUGCCCUCACCACCUACACCAUCGAGGUGGCCGGCAUGACCUCCAAGGGCCAGGGAAAACUGUCCUCCUCCACAAUCUCUUCUGGAGUACCUCCAGAGCUGCCUGGUCCUCCCACCAACAUGGCCAUCUCCAACAUUGGCCCUCGAUCCAUCACUCUCCAGUUCAAACCCGGCUACGAUGGAAAGACCUCCAUCUCUCGCUGGCAGGUAGAGGCCCAGGUCAGUGUGAUAGGAGACAAUGAGGACUGGGUGAUUGUUCACCAGUUGCCCAACGAGCCUGAUGCCCGAUCCCUGGAGGUGCCAGGACUAAACCCAUACACAUUUUACAGGUUCCGUAUGCGUCAGGUGAACAUUGUGGGGACUAGUCCUCCCAGUCAGCCCUCCAGGAAGAUCCAGACCUUGCAGGCCCGUCCAGAUAUGUUCCCUGCUAACGUCACCCUGCGCACGGCCAGCGAGACCAGUCUGUGGCUCCGAUGGGUGCCCCUACCAGAGUGGGAGUACAAUGGGGACCCAGAGGUGGUGGGCUACCGGGUCCAGUACUCCCGCACAGGCUCCCAGGUUAGGGCACUGACCCAUGUGAUCGCUGACCGGCUGGAGAGGGAGUUCACCAUCGAGGACCUGGAGGAGUGGACAGAGUACGAUGUCAGGGUUCAGGCUCUCAACGGCAUCGGGGCCGGGCCCUGGAGCCAGCCUGUCAGAGGAAGGACCAGGGAGUCUGUCCCCUCCUGUGGCCCCACCAACGUGUCAGCCUUCGCCACAACCUCCAGCAGUAUCCUGGUGCGCUGGUUUGAAGUACCAGAACCAGACCGGAAUGGGCUGAUCUUGGGAUACAAGGUGUUGUAUAGGGAGAAGGACUCUGACUCGUCCCUCCAGUUGUGGACAGUGGAUGGGAACGCCAGCCACAGUGUCCAGCUGACUGGUCUGGGGAAAUACGUCCUCUAUGAGAUCCAGGUCCUGGCCUUCACCCGCAUCGGAGACGGCAUGCCCAGCUCACCACUCAUACUGGAGAGAACUCUGGACGACGUGCCCGGCCCUCCAGUGGGCACCCUGUUCCCUGAGGUCCGGACCACCUCGGUGCGUCUCAUCUGGCAGUCCCCGUCCCAGCCUAAUGGUAUCAUCCUGGCCUAUCAGAUCACGUAUCGUCUGAACUCGACCAAUAGCAACACGGCCACAGUGGACGUCUUAAACCCGAGUGCUCGCCAGUACAUGGUGACUGGCCUGAAACAAGAGUCAGUGUACGUGUUCCGCAUCACAGCCCAGACACGCAAGGGCUGGGGGGAGGCUGCAGAGGCACUGGUGGUCACCACCGAGAAGAGAGCUCGCCCUCAGCCCACGGGUCGUCCCAUGGUGCCCCAAGAGAAUGUUCAGGCCCGCAGCGUGUUGUUGUCAUGGGAACCAGGCAGCGAUGGCCUCUCUCCGGUCCGCUACUACACCGUGCAGCUGAGAGAACUGCCCAACAGCAACUGGACCGUCCACUCUGCCUCGGUCAACCACGAGUCUAGCUUCUACAUAGUUGGCAGGCUGAAGCCCUUCAUCUCAUACCAGUUUAGAGUGAAAGCCACCAACGACAUAGGAGACAGUGAAUACAGCGAGGAGAGUGAAGUUAUCACCACACUACAGGACGCCCCUGAUGAAGCCCCCACAAUCCUCUCUGUCACACCACACACAACUACAUCCGUGCUGAUUCGCUGGCAGCAUCCGUCUGAGGAGAAGAUUAAUGGUAUCCUCCUGGGUUUCCGGAUACGAUACCGGGAGCUCAUGUACGACCGCCUUCGCAGCGUCUCCAUACGCACCGCCAACAGCCCUUCCAAUACAUGGACCGAGCUCAACUCGCCCUACAGCGUGAGAAACCUGAGCGAGUCCUCUCUCACCCAGUAUGAGCUGGAUAACCUGAGCAAACACAAGCGCUAUGAGAUCAGGAUGAGUGUGUAUAACGCCGUGGGGGAGGGACCAACCAGCACACCACAGGAAGUGUUUGUAGGAGAAGCAGUACCCACCGCCCCACCUCAGAACGUGGCCAUCCAAUCAGCAACGGCCACCCAGCUGGAUGUAACGUGGGAGCCUCCUCCAUUGGACUCUCAGAACGGAGACAUCCAGGGAUACAAGGUGUACUUCUGGGAGAUCCAGCACAAGAAUGAGACGGAGAGACUGCGCACCCUUUUCCUGCCAGAGGGAGGGGUCAAGCUGAAGAACCUGACUGGAUACACCACCUACAUGAUCAGUGUGGCCCUCUUCAACGCAGCAGGGGACGGGCCCCGAAGCCCACCAACCAGGGGCCGUACACAACAGGCUGCCCCCAGUGCUCCCAGCUUCAUCCACUUCAGUGAGCUGACUACCACGUCAGUCAACAUGUCCUGGGGUGAGCCCACCUACCCCAACGGCAUUCUAGAGGGCUACCGGCUGGUCUACGAGCCCUGCACCCCUGUUGACGGCGUCAGUAAGAUAGUGACGGUGGACGUCAAAGGGGCCCCGUUCUGGAUGAAGAUCAAGGACCUGGCUGAUGGGGUGACCUACAACUUCAGGAUCCGGGCCAAGACGUUCACAUACGGGCCUGAGGUGGAGGCUAACAUCACCAUGGGGCCUGGGGAAGGAGCCCCGGGCCCCCCUGGAGAGCCUUUCAUCUCUCGGUACGGCUCAGCUCUUACCAUCCACUGGUCCAACGGUGACCCCGGAAGUUCGCCUAUCACACACCACGUCAUCGAGGCCAGACCUUCAGAUGAGGGCUUGUGGGAUAUCUUGAUCAAGGACAUACCAAAGGAAGUGACGUCAUACUCCUUCAACAUGGACAUUCUGAAGCAAGGGGUUAGUUAUGACUUCCGGGUUAUUGGCGUGAACGACUAUGGCUACGGGUCUCCUAGUCCACCCUCAGCCUCCAUAUCUGCCAAAAAGGUGGCGCCAUUCUACGAGGAGUGGUGGUUCUUGGUGGUGGUGGCCCUGGUAGGUCUUAUCUUCAUCCUCCUUCUGGUCUUCAUCCUCAUCAUCAGAGGACAGAGCAAGAAGUACGCCAAGAAAUCUGACUCAGGGAACAACUCCAACUGUAAUGCCCUGACCCAUGGAGAUAUGGUCAGCCUGGACGAGGGACGCUUCCCCGCCCUGGAACUCAACAACCGACGGCUGUCCGUCAAGAACUCCUUCUGCCGUAAGAACGGUGUCUAUACCAGGUCUCCUCCUCGGCCCAGCCCAGGCAGUCUCAACUACUCUGACGAGGAUUUGAGCACCACCAAGUACAACGAUCUGAUCCCAGCUGAGAGCAGCAGCCUGACAGAGAAACCAUCUGAGAUAUCAGACUCUAAGGGCAGUGACAGUGAGUACGAAGUGGACCAGCACAGACAGAAGACACACUCCUUUGUGAGCCACUACAUCAGUGACCCCACCUACUACAACUCCUGGCGCCGCCAGCAGAAGGGCAUCUCCCGGGCACAGGCCUACAAUUAUACAGAAUCAGAGUCGGGUGACCCGGAGCCCUGCGCCCCGUCACCACCCCUGCCCCCGCUGCCACCCCAGCUCACCUCCACCACCCCUCUACCCCAGACCCAGCCCCAUGGUCAACCCCAGGGCCUCACACCCCAGGGCCAGGGUAGUCUGUUCAGGCCUAAAGGCAGCCGGACUCCAACCCCCUCUCAGCAGCUCUCCAACUCCACCCCUCCCAGCCACUCCAACACCCUGUCCUACUGGCCCCCCAGCAGCCCCAGCCCAGCCCCUGGAUCUCGGGCCCCCAUCGCCGGGUUCUCCUCAUUCGUUUGAUUCCAAGAGGGAUCUGUGUUCCCUUCUGAAAACAAAACCCACCCUGCUGCCCAACGUGUCUAGAGAGUAAAUACCCAACACAAAAGAAACCCUCAGAAUCCACCAUAUUAAUUUCUGUUUCUCUGUUUUUUCUUUCUUGUUUUUCUUCUUUCCUUUUUAUUACUGAGUUGUGUUUUAAGGAUCAUACUAUACACAGACAAGACAGCAGUUACAUACUUCAUUCCAGUUCAUUGUUCCUCUUGUGUGCGUGUGCUGGUAUAGUUUUAUUUGUGUGCGUGUGCUGGUAUAGUUUUAUUUGUGUGCGUGUGCUGGUAGUUUUAUUUGUGUGCGUGUGCUGGUAUAGUUUUCUUUAACCCAUAGACAUCUGCUGAGAACAAGACAGUAUCUAUUCAUGUUUCUGUUUGAUUGAUUUGCAUGAGUUUCAAUGUAUUAUUUAUUUUCUCUUUUUCAUUGUUACACUUCUACACACAUACAACAAGAGAAUAAUUUAGUUAGAUACUGUAAAAAGGCAAGAGUUUAUUGGAAAAAAAUAUCUACAAGAUGAUAAAAGUGUCAUAGCGUCAAUCCACACUCGGAUAACAAGCACCAAUGAAACUGGGAUCCCAAAAUGGAGCCAUACAAGCGACCGAAAUGAGUAGAGUUUGAAGGACGGAAAGAGGAACAGGGUAAAUGGAUUUGAUUUGAUUUGUAUAGAAAAGACAAAGUAAUGAAAGUGAGGAGGAAGGGGGAGAUUGAGGCUGAAAUGAGCCCACUGGCAGUCGUUAAAUGCCCAGUCCUGUCCAAUUAGGUCAAUUAAGUUUAUUGGUGUUAAUGUGAGAUAUGUUAGUGACCUCCCCCUAUUUAACCUAUGGACCAUGAUCCUCAGCAGUUAUCUGGGCUGGCCUAUAGGGUACGCACUAUUGUGUCUGACAGCAUUUCGAUGUCACAGGCAGGUCACAUCUCUGUGCUGUACACUAUGUUCCUAGUUGCCUGCCCGCCUUGGCAGAUAUGGGAAAUGUAGUGUAUGUCUGAAGUAAAAAUGUUGAGGUUGGUCUGCAAGUUCUUUGUAUCCUUUAGUGGAUCAGACAUGCCAUGGUUGAUUAUAACUAGGGAUUCAUAUUUUCCUGAAAAUGUUCCCUUACAAGCCAUUCUCAGGCAUCCCAGUAUGCCUGUUGAAAGUGGAAGUGCUAUUUAAAAGCAUAUAAUACCAGCGAAGGAAAUCUGACAUAAUUCUACCACUGAAAAAUAUACACAGGAAUCUAACAGUUUCUUGAUUUUGUUUCAUUUUAAUCAACUAAAAGUUCUCAAAGUCACUACACUAUUUCGUUGAUGUAAUCUAGUUUUAAUGUAGGCAUAUGAAGCACUGUUGGUCGACUUGUAAAAUAUCCGGAGGUUAUUACAGCCUAGUGAAAACGUCAUUCGUUUUAGCCUACCAUUGAUGGAAAGCUUGUUGGUCCUUUCCUCUCACUAUUAUGGGAAUGAGGCCAAGUAGUGGUGGUUUUGACAACAGCUUAGUCAUUUAGCAGACUCUCUUAUCCAGAGGGACUUACAGGAGCAAUUAGGGUUAAGUGAAAUGCUCAUGGGCACAUCAGAUUUUUCACCUCGUCGCCUCGGGAUUCAAACCAGCAAUCUUUCAGUUACUGGCCCAAUGCUCUUAACCGCUAGAAUACCUGCCGCUUACUGUGUUGGCCUUGUCUUAGGGAAUGUAGUCUGAUGCUGCGCUAAACAAACAGAAAAGCAAAUGGCCGCAGUAGCGGAGAUUCAGCACCAUGGUUUAUCAAUUCCCUGCAGAUCUUUAAAAUCAUGCUCUCACUUUUGUUAGUGUAACAUCAUGGAACAACGUUGCAAAUGUCUAUUUCCUUGAGUGCUUCUGCGGACACAAUGUAUCAGCCGUUUUGUUAACAGUGAGUAGCAGUUUAUAUUUUGGAGCCUCUGCCAAAGCUAGUUUGGAGAUUUGUGAAUGUGAGAUUGAGAUUCAACGCAGUUAUGGUUAGCAAAGGCCACAUGUAGUCUGCUACAGUUUCAUGAUAGUCAACGAUGCCAGUUAAAGGGAAUCUAUUGGGGACUUGUGUUGCAUAGUCUGAAUUGGUAGGCCGCUAUCAUUGUGAUCAGUGGUCUAUUGUGUGGAUGAAGUCAGAUAGUUAAAAUCUGUUUAAUAUUUUUCCAUAGAAAUUAUAAAGUGCCUUUGGAAAGUAUUCAGAUCCCUUGAAUUUUUCCACAUUUUGGUAGGUUACAGCCUUAUUCUAAAAUGGAUUAAAUCGUUUUUUCCCCCCUCAUGAAUCUAAACACAA